GUUAAGAACCGCUGACCGUUUUACUGCCUAUUAAUUUUGAUAAAUCUAUAAACUCGCCUUGAAAUGGUACAAAAUACGGGGACUUGACCUCAGCUGAACACCCUUCACACAUUUCUCGCCGGACAAGAAUGAAAUCGUAGGUUCAACAGGUGUUACAUUCACGCUAAAUACUUUAUCUCUUAUUUAGCUCCUCAAGAGGACUAAAUACGACUCUAUCCCGUCAAAACAAACGACUGCCUCCUGUGGGGAAAACUCUUAUAUCAAGUACGUCGCGAUAGUUUAGCAGUGCUUUGAGAUAUCUGUUAUAUUGCUAUAUUGCUGUGUAACUGGGCGAUAUGGUCAAUUAUGAACCGUGUAGUAGUAAGGAUUACGUGUAUGUUGCUUACGGGGUUCUUUGUGUUGUAUGUCACAAGAGACUUGGAUCGUUUAGAGGGCUUACCAGCAACUGGGACUAUUAAUAUACGAAGAGCACGCACUGAUAGAGAUUCGCGUAUUGAAUUGAAAGAGAAUAUUUCACAAGGCGUAAAUGUAAAGGGAUAUCACACGAUAAAGAAAAUCUUGUUUGGAGAUUUUGAUAACCCCAAGAAUGGCAUCAACAAGAUCGUACUUCAUACCAAAAAAAGAAAAAAAGCCACGGAAGAGCAAGACAGUUAUAAAGAUAAAAGGACAGCAGAACACAAUAUUCCUUAUCAUAUAACAAUUAGCGCUACUAGUCACAAACCUAAUAAAUCUGUUAACAUGUUAACACAUGAAGAUGCAACAAAAUACAACGAAGAAAACAAAGGCAACAAUAGAAAAGUGAAAUUAAAAAUUGAAGAAAGCCAGGAUGAACUGCAAUGUCCUAAAAACAAGGAGCGUUCUGUUCUCAGAAAACUUUUUAAGAAAUGGCAUACCUUAGCAACACGUGAAGGAAUUCCUUAUUACUUGUUUUUUGGCUCGUUACUCGGUUACUAUAGAAACAGUGAUUUGUUGCCAUGGGAUACUGACGUCGACGUUGCUGUCGAUGUGCGUUAUUUUCGCACACUUCGUGAUGUUGCGUCUCCAAGAACGUUCACUAAACAUGAUCGCGUGCCGCKAUUAGUAAUCCAGCAAGAUUUAAGUUUCCCUUGUUCAGGGCGACAACGUGUUUCAUGUGACGGACGCCUCGUGRAUCGCAGUGUCGACGGCUGCUCGUUCCAGGACCCUAUGGCGCGUGUAGUACUUGGUGGCAGACAUAUUGAUAUUUUCGCUAUGUAUGGAGUCAAUAAAACUCUAAUACAUGAACCAAMUCAGAACCUUUCUUUCGCUAAGUCUGAUAUCUAUCCUUUAAAACCUUGCGUAUUUCUGGGUUUUAAUGUCAACUGCCCUAAGAACAUCACAUCGGUUUUACAAAGAACAUAUGGUCAUGGUUUUAAUAUUCCC